AGCAGGGCACAGGCUGGUUACUCUUCCAGCACAGCAGCCUAUUACCCCUUCCCCCUCUCCUCAAUGGGCCCCUCCUGGUCCUGCUGCUGAAUACCCCACAUCAGAUACCCCAACUGCAUCCAGGCACAGGAACUACACUUAGAGGAAAUCACACACUCAUACUCCCAGGAGUGCACACUCAUUGUAUACCCAUCAGCUUCAAACACCAUCCUGCCCUCUUUCACACUCCACUACCACCUACACCCCCUUCCUGGAAAAAGUUUGGGGUUUACAUUCUGAUUGUACCAGCUCUGCUUCAUUGUGAGGGGGGACGAGGUCUCUCAGGUAUGGUGUGUAGGAUCAAUCUGGAUGUCAUCUGUGGCUGCAGAUACCACCAUGGCCAGACCCACCAGCUAGAUGUGCCAAGGAGGAAUCAAAGCUGCCAGAGAGAGGGCAUUUCACUGCCACAGGCAGCACAGAAAUAUACAGGGAUGCGGAGCGCUCUGGGCACACCGGGGUUUUAGUAAACCUCACUGCACCAGCUCAUCUCUGCACCCUUACAACUAUACCUCACUCUCCGGUGGAAUAUCAUCACCUCUUGCUGGUUUGUCUCACUGGCAUUGGAGACCAAAUCCUGCUGGAUCCAUGAGGCACAUCCAGAUGGAGACGGAGCCCACUGAGGAGGCUGGCGCUAAUAACAUCCAUCCUGCAGAUGGCAGCUCAGCCAAUCCAGGCCAGGCUGCAGUAUUGGAAACUGGACAGGACUGCAGGGUACGUGUUGGUUAUCCUGAAAAUGAACUGAAGCUCCAGAAGGUUUAUCAUAUCUCCAUCACUUCACCACCAUCAUCUCCAGUACAGCCUGGGCCAAAGGCCUGCUGCCACCAAGCCUUGAAGAGGAGUCCACCACACCAGCUUCUUCCUGAGCCUGCCAGAAGCCCAAAGAGGGCACUAUGGGGUCAAGCCAGGAAUGAUGGAACCCGUGGACCUUCACAUUUGGAUGGGGACCACCCUUGCUGCUCAUCAUUAGGAGAGGAGGAGGAGGACACAUUUGAAGAUGGGUUACUUUCAGAAGAGAUGCAGCUGUGUGGCUCGGCUCAGCAUUUCUCUCACAGUGGUUUGCGUGUUAUUGAGCAUAGAGCUGAGGACUUUCCUUCCAGGGAUGUUCCUUGCAGACGGUUGGCGGUUCACACUUCCACCAAUCCGAGUUGCAGACGGACAGACUCCCUCUCUCCUCCCCCAAGCAUAUCUUUGCACAGUAAUGCCCCAAAAGAGAAACCACUGGUGAGCUCUGAAGGACUACCCAACACCCUUGAGGACAGUGGGAAACCUAUCUCCAUGAAUCCUUGGGGUUUUUACCAGGCUGUGGAAGCACCUUCCAGCAGCCAGCACAUACUUGAUCAUGUUUUGCACAAAAUUGCACAUUUGGAGAGUUUAGUGGAAAAGGAUAGCCAGGACCACCAAGGUAGCGGCCAAUGUAAUGGUAGCCUGGUAGUUGAGACUGAAUCAGAUGGCACCUUGAAAGAGCCGCUUACCCCACAUGUAAAUGGCCAGAAGAUGCAGGAGGGAGCAAAUCUGAGUUCUUCAGAAAUGACCCCUCCAGGUCUCCCUCGGCUUAGCAUGCCUGGAACCAGCAAUGCCGCAGUGAAGAGGAAGCUUCUCCCAUCUAGUGAGACGGUGGAUUCCUGCUCUGAAGAUGAGGGCCAGAGCAAGAGAUGGAGAGGAGGUGAGACCUGCCAAGCACUCCACGGAGCCUGCAGAAGCACCGAUUCCAAAGCUGCUCCCUUUUGGAAUCAUCUAUUACCUGCAGCCAGGAAUGCACAGAAGAGCCCGUCAGAUUGCACAUCGCGGAGGUUGAAAAGGGGAUUAAGGUUAAAAUCGAGAUCUCUGCGCAGCCUGAGGAAAGGACCCUUUUCUCGAAGCUGUAAUGGGAACUGGGCAACAUCUUGUAUAAGCCGAUCUUUACUAGGCAACUUUGAGGAGUCCAUACUGAGAGGAAGAUUUGCUCCGUCCGGUCAGAUUGAAGGAUUCACAGCAGAAAUAGGUGCCAGCGGUUCCUACUGUCCCCAGCACGCCACUCUCCCUGUCGAGGUCACAUAUUUUCAUAUCUCUGAGCACAGCAUGCCCUCACCUUUCCUGGGAGUUAUUGAUUUGGAUGCUGUAGGCAAGAAGGGGUACAGUGUCCCCAGCACAGGAACCAUUCAAGUGACCUUAUUUAACCCCAACAAAACUGUGGUGAAGAUGUUUCUGGUCACUUACGACUUCAAGGACAUGCCACCAAACCACCUAACCUUUCUGCGCCAUCGCAUCUUCCUGGUGCCUGUGCAGGAAGUGGAAGAUGGUGAAAGGAGUACGCAGGAAGCCACUGAAUGCGGAUCUGGCAAGGAUAAAGCCAGAAGGAUAUUGUGCUACCUCAUGCACCUGAGGUUCCAUCGGUCAAAGUCUGGGAAAAUUUACCUCCAUGAUGAUAUCCGCCUACUCUUCUCCCGCAAAUCCAUUGAGGUGGACACUGGGAUACCUUAUGAACUCAAAUCCUUCACUGAGGCCCCCAAGAAUCCAAAGUACUCUCCUCGGCUUUGAAGGAGGACUGGAUGGUGUGGAACUCUGUCACACCCACACUUCCAACCCCAAAAGUUGCACACACCUUAUUUAUUGCCUAAUCCCUUGCUUUUCCCUGAAUCCUGCAGUAGUUGAAGCUCAAACACCCUUUUUGAUUAUUACUGGGGACAAGACAUGGUGUCACCUCUGUUAAGCAAUACUUCUCAGAGGGUCGGUUACUGUAAGAUCGUUUGAGCUGCAAAGUUAACUGAACUUUUUUAUUUUUUUUCAUUUUAUUUUUUUUAAACUUUAAAGCCUUCCUGUUCCCUUAAAUUUUUUCUGUUUUACUGCUCUAUUUAAAGUGGGGAAAUGGUCACUUCCAGAAUUCUCCAUAGAACAUGUCAAGGCUGCUUAUUUAUUGGUGAAACAUAGCUUGUACGUGAAAACCUAGCCAAUGCUUCGGUUUUCUUCUAGAGGGUCCAGCUUGUUUUAAAUAUGGGUUGGUUACGAAAGUGUAUGACUUCUUGAUUGAUAACAUUGUUUGGAAAUACCACGUAGGCUGCGGCUUUCAGGGAUUCCAAAAGUAUAUUAUCUGGGCCUUGAAAACCAGAUGUGCUAUGAAAUUAUGGUAUAUUGUAGUUGGCUUUUUGUCCUUAGAUAAUGGUAAGCAACUUGCAAACCCUGUGCAUUGUCCCCGAUCUUCCAUCAGCCAGAGGGGCCUACUGACUACACUCUGAGCUUUUACCUACUGAACUAACCAAACAUUUGAUAGUGGUCACCUGAGCAGCAUACUCCAAAUUUAUUCUUUAAUCCAUACACCCCUAGCCUGGCCAAGGAUCAUGGGAACUGUGGGCCCAAAAGUGUGUUCAGUGACCUCUCUGCUUUGCAAUGUGGCAAGAAAACAAGUUCUGACGUAUAGAAGGAAUCCCUGUAUUCUGCACCCCUAUGUGAGUGCAGUUUAAAUGAAAGUCCCUCUGGAAGAAGAAUCUAACCUCCUUGGUAGAAUGUCCGCUAUUUUGUAUUGUUUGUUGUGUGCUAAACUCGAACACUUAUAUUUUCCUAAACAAAUUAUUCCCCCCAUGUGCCCUUCACCAACCAGGGCGCAUUUUAACCCUCUGAGGCAUUUCAAUCUGCUUUCUGGCUUAUAUGUCCUAAAUAUAUUUUUUAAUGGUUAAUAACCUUCUGAAAAAUUCUCUUUACUAGGAUAGAAUAGCUUUUCAUACAGGAUUAACACCUUGUAUAGCUGUAGCUGCAAAUCUGUUAAUCUACCAGAAUCGCCGUAAACCUUCUCCAUUUUACCAGCAGUUGAAGUUUGUGACAUUUACUGGUUGAAUCACACAUUUUGUAUUCCAAUGUUAAGGUUUUUCUCUAAACUGGGAAUUGUGAAGAGUUUGCUACCAGCAUUCCACAAUUCUCGAUUUGUGGAAUAAAGCCCAUUUGCACAGUUCCACAUACUCUGAAUCUGUUGGCUGUUUUUGUUAGGAGGUGAGCUAGCAUGGUAUUAACAGAGGCUUCUGUAAGAAACAAAAUGGCAGCCGUUACUUGCUUCUUGGCUGAAUGUAUAGAAAGCACAUUAACAAGAUUAUUCAAGAUUAUGGUUAGAAAUUGACCAGGGGAUUUUUAAUUUAGGCCAAAAUUGUGAAUUGGAAAAAUUCUCCAAGUCGCCUACAAUGUGUUUUGACCUAAAACUGGUCAAUUCCUGCUCUAGUGAAACCCCCCACUUGCAUUGUUCCAGCAAGCAUGUUCGAAACAUACACAUCUGGGAGAAACGAGAUGGCAGCUAGAAU